GGUAGUCAUCUAUAUGGGAGUUUAGGAGGCAGACGAAUUUCGAUUGCUGUUGAAUCGCCUAAUUUUUAGAUGUAAGCGAUAUGGGAACCGACGCCAACGGUGAUCAGGUGAUCUUGGCUACGGGAGGCUACGAUCAUAGCAUACGGCUCUGGCAAGCACACAGCGGUCUGUGCCAAAGAACGCUCCAGCACGCGGACUCCCAAGUGAAUGUGCUUGAUGUCUCUCCGGACAGACAGCACAUUGCAGCAGGCGGCUACCAGCACAUCAGAACGUACGACAUCAAUUCAGCCAACUCAAACCCGGUGGUGAGCUACGAAGGGCACACCAAGAACGUGACAGCACUCGGUUUCCACGAAGAUGGUCUCUGGAUGUACUCUGGCGGCGAAGACUUUUCCGCUCGAAUUUGGGACUCCAGGUCACGAACGCCAGCGUGCCAGCGUGUGUUUGAGACCAAUGCACCAGUGAACUGCGCCUGUCUGCAUUCGAACCAGUGUGAGCUUUUCGUUGGAGACCAGAGCGGGGUGGUCUACGCCUGGGACCUCAGAACAAACCAGAACGAACAGGUGGCUCUGGACGUGGAUGUGUCGGUGCAACAUUUGGAUGUCGACUCUAGCGGCCAGCACUUGGCGGCCAUCGACAAUAAGGGCGUCUGCUACCUGUUCACGCUGUGUGCGGGGACGGACAACCAAAUGGCGAGCCCCGAACGUCUCGUCAAGUUUGCCGCUCACAAGCGCUACGGACUCAAGUGCCGUUUCAGCCCUGACGGAAGCCUGCUGGUGACGUCGUCGGCCGACGCAACCGCCCGCGUCUGGCGCCUCUCCGACCUCCUGGCGUCGGGAGACGACAACGGACCGGAGCGCCUGGUCAGGCGGAGUUCGUCCCAGUCCUCGGCGACGCGGGCCUGGAAGGUCGCCGACAUCCUGCCCACUGCCGAGCUCAGCAACGCCAACCAGCGCUGGGUCUGGGACGUGGCAUUCAGCGGAGACGCGCAGUUCCUCAUCACGGCUUCGUCGGACAGCGUAGCUCGCCUCUGGAGCGUCGAACCAGCGGAAGUAAAGAGGGAGUUCAGUGGACACCAGAAGGCGUUGACGGCACUGGCGUUCCGGGACGGAGCCUGAUUUAUUUAUUCCUAGAGGAAGUCUCGUUCCCGACUUGCUGUACGUCCAUAUCACAUCUAUAAAAUGUGUCCCACAGUU